UUCGUGCUCCUUGUGUAGCUCCGUGACACGCGGAUUGUGCGAGGUUAACCUCAAUUUCUUUUAACUUCGAAAACAACCACGUGGGCCGAUUGAUUAGUGUUUGGUUAUUUAUUAGUAAAUGAAACACGUUCGAUAUUUUCGAUCAAUGGUAUGCAAUAGAUGCAGAAUAUAGUAAGUAUCAGUUAAUAGAAUAUCACAAUUACGUGUGACAUGGUCGCGGCGAACGAUGAUAGAAAACAGAUUUCGAAGAAGAUCAAAAAGAAAAAUUGUGCAUCUGAAUGCUCAGAAAUGAAAACAGAUACAGGAAUGUACGACGAACAAAAUGUGAGCCCCUCAAAAGUAAACGGUGUCGUUAAAAAGAUUAAAAAAGCGAACAAACGUAAGGCCGACACAAUCGACGAUGCAAAAGAUCCCAGUAUUGGUUUGCUUAAGGAGACUGAGCAAACCGAACAAUCAACUUUUGAUACAGGUUCCAAAAAACUCAGACUCGAAAAUGAGAGUGGCAAAGACAACGACGAGACUGAUGAGAAUGAAACAGGCACAACGCCAAAUAUCACAGAUAAAGAAGCGAGUCAGAUAACCGGAAAGUCGUUGAGAGCAGGUUUCAACUCUGCAGAUAGUAUUAUUGUGCUUAGAAAGUUUGUGACAAUUUGCAAUGAUAAGAAGAAGCACGAUUUAUCAGUGCAGUAUUUGAACGCAGGAGGAAGUCCAUUAGAAAUUCUGAAACUCUUGGAUACCAUGGAUAAAAAAUCCUCAAGCAAUACGACAACUGUUUUCUCAGCGAUGGAAAUAGUCGUGAUGAAGAUCUUGGAAAAAUAUCCCCAGUAUCAUUCAAGUGCCACAGAAGCCUGCAGGCAUUUGCUAAAUUCCCACCUUUCCUCUAUACAUUCAAUGCUUUCCAGUCAGAGUAAUGCCAAACAGCGGAGAGUCGUUUUGCGACUUUUAACCGCAGUCGUGUCCCUGGGCGGUAGCCUACCUCGAGAAUUGCUAGGACACCUUUCUUUGCACACCCAAGUACUGGACACACUUUCGAGCCACACCCAGCCUUCAGAUCCACAGUGUGUUCGAACCAGCUUCGUUCAUUUCAUCCUGUCGUUUCUGGUAGAAGGAAACUUGUCUGUGGUCAGGGCGCUGCUCGAAAAGCGUGGAGUUUUAUCCAGCAUUUUCCCAGGACUGAUAUACGAUAGUCACCAAUUGGUCAACCUCGUUCUGACUACAAUCAAGUCUUACGUUCUUGAGAAUCCAGGAAUCAGCAAAACCAUAAAACUCCACACUUUCUCCACUCCAGUUGUCCAGAAUCUAGUCUCCCUCUAUAAUUGGAAAGGGCCGACAAACUGGCCAGGGAAGAAUAGGAAAAAAAAUGUGGAAGAAUCUUCAGGUCACACAAAUCUUGAGGAAAAAAAAGUGGUCGUCGAGGUGGUUCAUGAAUUUUUAUCAACGCUACUUACGUCCAACAAAUUUGGUAUAAUAUUUCACGAUCGUUCACUGGGCACAUCUGGUCAAAAAAAUAAUCAGCUGGCAAACACUAUACUUCAGAGCUUAGAUCGGCCGUGGGAGCACGAAAAGCCUGCAGACUUAGUUGUGAGAAUUUUAGUCGCAUGCCCUGAUCUGAUCAGAUCUCAGCUUGUGUACACCGAAUCUUAUUUGGCGCCAGUGGCAUCAAAAAACUGGGUUCUACUCAUGGAAUUUGUGCAGAAGGUUAUCGGCUCGCUGGAUCCCAAAUUGUGCUUAAAACCAUGUUUGUCAGAACUAACUAUUUCGCAGUUAUUUUCUGCACUGACAACUCUCACAGCACCUUUGAUUAUACUGAAAAAUGCUAUUGCCCCAUCCAUUGAUCAUGACAAUGCUUUGAUACGACAAACUUCUAUAGUCCUGCUCUCCGUCAUGCUGGGGCAGUUGAACAAUUUCAUGAAUACCAUAAGAAAUGACAGCAUUUAUCGCUCUGAUGCAGAAAAGAUACAGCAUUUAGUUACUGACUACAUGUUGAAGAACAUUCCUAGUCUUGAUUCGAUCCUAACUGCUUGGAACAAGGCACUGUUGCUGGACAAAGAACACGAAGAAGAUUCCGAGGCAGUGGUAACAGUUUCCCAAUCGCCUUGUAAAAACAGUCUUGAAGCAAUUUUAAACCUACUUUUAAUGUACAGAGAUGUUUGCCCCCAGUUGUUAGAAACUAGCUCCAUUUCAAAUUCAACCAUAGACUCGACUAAGCUUCUAACAGGAUUAAACACGUUGGAAAAUGUAGAUGAAGAAGAAUUAGGCAACAUGAAAGUAAAAGCAUUACAAUUUUUGUUGGCACUAGAUUCUUCUGCAUUUGCCCCAGAGAAGGAGUUAUUCGGCCAAGCAGUUCCAUUUUUGAUUUCGCUUCUUGACGAUGAUCAAAAAUCAAAGGAUGUUAUUUCUCACACAAGAACAGCAAUGAGGAUGCUUUUGGAUACUUGCGGGGUGUUCGAAGACUGCGGUUAUCAAGCGGAUAUAUGGAUAAACAGCUCAUUGGGGUUGAAAAGUGCGGAAGAAAGAUCGGAAAUUGCUGUUUGGCUUGUUGAAGUCAUACGGAAAACAACGAAAAAUGCAAAUAAAUAUAUCGAGUGGAUUACCAAGGCCGAAGAGGUAGUCGGCGAACAACUCUAUAGCAGUACAACAAUCGAAGAUAUAUUUGCAGAUCUGUCGGAACGCGACAUAGAAAUCGACAGAAACAAAACCGCAAGGCUACUGCCUUCGGUAUCUAUAAGCCCGCUACUUCCGGCCGCAUUCGAAAGUGUAAUAAAUGAUGGACGAAAUCUUUUACUGCAGUAUUUAUCCCGAGUUACGAUACACACAUUGCAUUGCCAAGUUACUCCAAAUACGCUGAUACAUUUGGCACAAGACGUCCAAGAAUUAGCUUCACUGUCUUACCUUUCUAGCUGGAUACCAAACAGUGAACAUGCUUACGUAAAAAAGCCGUUCAGUUCGAAAAGUUUAAUUACCAAAAUUAGCAAAGCACUGAUAACAGACAGUAAAAUUGAAGUGAAUAAAAUAUUUCACGGUAGCCGGAAAGUCGUUUUCAAAGUUGUAGAUGAAGAAUUCAGUCUUGAACAUUCAAUGAGUCACGAAGAACUUCUUGCUUUGUUCAGGUUAACUGUAUUCUAUUUUACACGAUUAAUACAGGAGGAAAAAUUCACAGACGAAUUGAUUCAUAACGUUAAAGUUCUUUUGAUUUCUUUGCUACAUAUUGCUAUGGACAUUGAAAAUACUACAGAGGGUUCCGAUAAUCUGUCCGAAGAAUGUUGUAAAUGGAUAUUCACCCAUCCAAUUAUCCUGCAGUUUUUUUCACCUUUAUACAAACGAAAGAAUCUCGUUGGAAAGUAUAUUACAGAAAUGACUGUGCAGGUUUCUUUGGCUGUGAUUGAUUUGUUUGGUGAGCUGAAAAUCUCCGAUAUGAUCGUCCCCUUCAAAGAAAAAUUUAUGACAAAGCUACUAUCUGCGGCAAAGAAAUGCCGGAGUGAUGAACGUGUCAAAGAUUCCUCAAGCGUGAUACAACUAGUCGAAAUACUACAACUGAACAUUAAUUAUAUUGUAGAAAUUUUAGAAGUCUUGAUCGAAUUAGAGGUAGACAAACUUCUUUCAACGGAUAAAAAUCAUCUAUCAAUGUGGGGCUUGUUAAUCCCGAAAUUACUAACAAUUACGGCAACGAAAAGAAACAUUGAUAGCAACACACAAUCUGUCAGCCUGGAAAAAUCAAUGAUAGAAAAGAUUUGCCAACGUACGAUUCAGUUAAGCCUGUGCAAGAUCAAAGAUUUGGACUUAUGGAUCGAUAGUCUUCUAUCUCAUUUGGAAAGGUUUCCGCACAAUAUUGCUGUGAUUGAUAAAAACUUCUUCCUGUCCCUGGUCAAGGAUAAAAUGAGCUCUUCCGCAAUAAAACUUGCGUCUUUUCUUAUAAACAGGAAUACAAAAUUCAUUCCUGUUUAUGUGAAGUACGCUUUACACAAUGAAAACGUAUUGAAAGCAAGAGAAGCUAUUUUUCCGAUUCUAUCUAGCAUACAGGAUCACGAAACACAGCCGCAAUUCUUCCUGAAAUUACGAGACUUGUAUAAAAAUGAAAUUUUCAGUUGGUUUUCUGAUCCCAACACCAUAGAUACGUGCAUUAAAAAAAAUAUAACAGCUGCCGUUCGACUGAUUGAUACUACUAUUGAUUCAAAAACGUGUGACGAUACUUGCGAAAUGAUUCUGUCAAAUGGCGACAAAUUGUUGGGGGUCGAUACAAGUUACAUCCAGUUACUAAAAAUCAUUUUCACAAAGGCUGUAAGCGUUGAGCAUGCCGAAAAUAAUCGUUUGGUCGAUUUUGUUCAAAUAUUGAUUCACAUAAUGGUAUCAUCAUUGAAAAAAGAGAGUAAAAACACACAGAAGCACAACAGCUUGUGUCAGAUUUUACUGGACAUUUUGAAUUUGGUUCGAAACAAAGAAAACAAUUCGCGUUUUCACGAGAUAAGAAAGAAUCACUCCUGGCCACAGUUUACGAGAUUUUCCUUAAAGCUUGGACUGAAGUCAUCCAAGGAGAGUGACGCACAAGUUCGGCUACUCAAAACUUUUGUCAGACUAUGUGAUGUUGUAUACGAGGAUAACUGCGAUGACGAAUACAUUAAAACCUUGUUCGAAAUGACGACCUCCCAUUCAGAGUUUAUCAACGUCAUGCUUGGUCACUCACCUACUAAAAGGCAUUUGAUCGAGCUGCUUCUUACCUUGGUUCGUAAAAAUAACUCCUUGAUGACAUCGACACACGUACCGCUUUACCUAGGCGCAUAUAACGCAACGUUGAGCGAAACUGACCAAAUGAUAUUACAGCUACUGCAGUACUACGAAAGUCAUGAUGUCAAACUAACGGACUAUCGCCCUUACCUUUGGGGUAGCGCUGCUGCUUCACAUUACAGCGUUAAAACUGGAGUGGACACUGCAUUGUGGAGACAGCCAUCAACUUCCCAAGUAUUAGAUUUAUUCUUACCAGAAAUCGUUAAUAACACGGUGAAAAAUUACCCAGUCAACAGAAAGCUACAGAUGAGCUCUGAAUUACAUGCUUCACAGUCAAUUUAUGAUCCAGCGUUUUACUUGCCACUGCUCUGUUACUUAUUAUCAGACAACAGCGUGGUUGCUUGUCAUAAAAUCACUCAGAGUGGCGCAUUGGCUCUGUCCUUAUCAGCCUGUGGAAGUACGGAUGGUCAGACACGUUUAGCAGCUUUUACUGUUAUAUCCAGAUUCUACUACCACUUAGAAGCUACAAAUUCGAAGGAAAAAUUAUUGUGGAUGCAUUUCAUUGACAUUUUUCGAAAAGGUAUAUCUUCUGCAGAGCCAGAGCUCAAAAAUGUUCAAAUUUCUUGUUUGGUAACAACAUUUAUGGCCAGAACUUCGCUUGUCGCUACUCAACCUUUGAACCCUUUGUAUUCGUCAUUGCAAAAGUUCCUCGUGGCAAAACCUUCCUUGGAUUUGGCAACUAUACCGGAAUUUUUGCAACUCUUUCACAGUUCUGAGAUCGACCACAAAUUGCAUAGAUUCUGGAUUUUAGAAGUAGUUCGCGACGGACUGAAAACUGCUAUUGAUGGAGACCUGGCAUUCAGAUGCGUUUUGUUUAAAAUGCUCCUCGAUUUCUAUAACUGUGCAUUGGCUGACCGUCAAACACAAAAUCUUAUUCUACAAGUAAUCAACUCUGCAGUCAAAAUUCCAAACACAGCAGUGCUGCUUGUUACCGGUUAUGGGUUGCUACCCUGGCUUCAUGAGAUAAUUUAUUCAUCAGAUGUAAAUGAUACAGAAUUUGUGACAAUUUUCACAGAAGUGACACUCAAUCUUUACGAUUCGUUGGUAAAGUCCAACGAGAAAAAUGAAGACGUAUAUUUCAUGUUCUUGCAAACAAUGAUGAAUUUCAAGAAAAUUUUGUCUAGAAGUACGGACAUUGAAUCGUAUAAAAAUUAUGUUAGUACUAUGGAAAAAAUUGUUUCUUUUAAGCCAAAUGAUUUUUGCAAAAUUUUGUCGUUCAAAUUCAUGACAGCCUUGGUGGAGCUUUCGAAAACAAUCUUAGGCGAGAUAAAGGAAUGUCAAGAUAUAUUACAACAUGGUUCAAAGUUUGCUAACAAAACUUUAAGCUUAUACUGCCCAGAUAGCUACUCUACUUCUGACAGUAAUGUUAUUACUCUUGCGAAAACCAGUCUCAUAAAAUUACUUUUCACGUGGUAUUCCGUUAAAGAAAUUUAACUAGUACCUAAAAACAAUUCGCAUCGCAAAGUGUUCGACGACAAUUUUGUAAAUAUUAUUUUUU